AUGUCAACGCUCUCUUACCUCAACCGCGCUUCUUCAAUUCCCUCAUCGCCUCCUCCCAUGUCCAAAUUCGAAUCCGAUCCCUCUUCUAUUCACAGAAGAGUCACGAUGCUUAUCAAAUUGUCCAACCUCGACGCAGCCGCAGAGCACGCGCGUUUGGCCAUUUUGACCAGAGGCGAACUCAAAGUCAAAGUGACUGCCAAUACCUGCUGCGUGGCUAUCAUCGACGCUCUGUGCAGUGCUGGACGGUACAGUGAAGCAUACGAAUUGUUCCAUUUCUUCGCUGCCAAGUCCAACUCGGAUAUCAUCUGCUGCGAUCCAAUCAUCAAUGCCUUUUGUGAUCAAGGGAAACUCGACGAGGCUCUUGAAUUAUACCACCACAGUGGUGGUGGUCUUCUGAUUGGUUCUCGUACCCAACUAGCCUUGGCCCAAGGUUUGGUCAACGCGGGUCGGAUUGAUGAAGCUAUGGAUCUUUUCUACUGCGUGAAUAGGUCCUUGUAUGACAUUUUCAUCCGUGGGUUCCUGGAUAUGGGAAAUCACCAAAAGGCUAACCAACUUUUCCAAGAGCUAAAGUUGAGUGGGGAUUUGGACGCUGUGCUCCAGGUGCGUGCCACUUUCAUUGAUCAUUGGUUCAAACAAGGGAUGGAUGAGAAAGCUAUGAAGCAUUACAUCAUGUUGUCUAAAGAAGAAUUCAGCCAAGGGAGGAUACAUGUGACUGCUGGAAAUACCCUUUUGAAAGUUCUGCUCAGGUACGGUAAGAAGACCGAAGCUUGGUCAUUGUUCAGCCAGAUGCUGGAGCAAAGCAGGUUCAGAGGUUUGGAAGGAUACUGUAACGCUAGAAAAUUUGAUUCGGAGUCGUGUAAUAUUAUGGUGAACGAGUGUUUCAAGCUUGGGCAUGUUAGCCAGGCAAUCAACAUCUUUCACAAGAUUGUCGGCACAAUUAGUGAUCCACAGUUGUGUUACAGAAACAUGAUCACUCGGUUUUGCGAACAUGGGAUGUUAUCUGACGCAGAACGUUUUUUCGCUGAUAUGUGCUCGGAAAAUUAUCUUGUCCCUGAUGUUCCAACCUAUCGAACGAUGAUGGAUGCAUAUGUCAAGGAGCUCAGAAUCAGCGAUGCUCGAAAAACUGUGAACCAAACUUUGGAUGCCUGUCUAACCUAUAUCUCUAAGCAGGUCGUCUAA